GCUCACUGCUCCAGCACCACAGGGCUCUGCGCAGGGCUCUCCUUUCUCUUAACGCCGAGGAGGCUCUGCGGGCCCCUUACGAGUCCGCCUGAAGGGCGAUUGAUCCUCGGCCGCCUAGACGGAGCAGGAAAAGCUGCUGGCCGCGGCGCGCUGCGCCCUCACCUGCCUGUGGGAGCGCCCGCAGGGAGCAGCUCAGCGCCGCGGUGAGGCAGGCUCCGCGCGGCAGCCAGCGAUGGGGCGCGACGGGCCGGAGCCACCGCCGAGCGCUGCUCACCAGGUGGAAACAGAUGACCAAACAGCCCUUGUUAGUAAGCCCAGGAGUAAAGGAGGAAACAGUGGUCUGGCAUCAGCUGGAUUUAACAUUAUUAACUCAAUUAUAGGAUCAGGUAUUAUAGGACUCCCAUAUUCAAUGAAGGAAGCUGGUUUUCCACUAGGAGUGCUGCUUUUAUUUGGAGUUGCCUAUAUCACAGAUUAUUCCAUCAUCUUACUGAUCAAAGGAGGAAACCUCUCCAGUACCAACACCUAUCAAGAUCUGGUCAGAAAAACAUAUGGUCUUGUAGGUUAUCUUAUUCUUUCAGCUCUUCAAUUUUUAUAUCCAUUUAUUGCUAUGAUCAGUUACAACAUCAUAACAGGAGACACUUUAACUAAAGUUUUUCAAAGAAUUCCUGGAGUUGGACCAGAUAAUGUGCUAACUGACCGCCACUUCAUAAUUCUUCUUACCACCAUCAUCUUUACCUUACCUCUUUCUUUAUAUCGAGACAUAGCAAAGCUGGGAAAGGUAUCUCUUACUUCUCUGAUUUUAACUGUUGUCAUUCUGGUUAUUGUGAUGGUGAGAACAGUAACGUUCAGUCCACAAGUACCCAAAUCAGAAAAUGCAUGGAUAUUUGCAAAAUCAAAUGCAGUACAAGCUGUUGGUGUCAUGUCAUUUGCUUUCAUCUGCAACCAUAACAGCUUUUUAAUAUAUGGGUCUCUGGAGGAACCCACGUUAAAGAACUGGUCUCGAGUCACACAUGUGUCCGUCUCCCUCGCUCUUCUUAUCAGUGUAGUGUUUGCUGCAUGUGGAUACAUAACUUUCACAGGAUACACAGAAGGAGAUAUAUUUGAAAACUACUGCAGAGAUGACAACCUUGCUACAUUUGGAAGAUUUUGUUAUGGAGUUACUGUAAUUCUGACCUUCCCCCUCGAAUGUUUUGUGACCAGAGAGGUGGUUGCAAAUGUGUUCUUCCAUGGGAACCUCUCCACAGUCUUCCAUAUUGUUGUGACAGUUGUUAUCAUUGCAGUGGCAACUGGUGUAUCUUUAGCAUAUGAUUGCCUUGGAAUAGUUUUAGAGCUGAAUGGAGUUCUGAGUGCUACCCCACUUGUUUUUAUCAUCCCAACAGCAUGCUACCUAAGGCUGUCCAAAGAGCGAUGGAGCCAUUCAGAUAACCUCCUAUCCUGCCUGAUUCUUGCUGUCGGUGUGCUAGUGAUGACAGUUGGGUUUGUUUUGACUAUCAUGUACCCCCAGGAAUGUAGCCAUGGAAAAGAAAUGUUCUAUUGCUUUCCUAGGAAUGUUUCUUUUCAGAACAGUACACUUCCACCAUAGGUAGCACACUGAUCUCCCAGACUAGGUCAGGUAUAUCCUUCAGCAAGCCAUAUUCCAGUUUAAAGGAGGGUGGAACAAAGAACUUGCAUGUUUUUAUAUGCACUAAGAAUUUUAAGCUGUAUACUUGUAUUUAAGUACUUGGCUUCAUGCUGCCAUCUUUUUCUAGAUAAGACUGAAGUUUUAGCUGUUGAAACAGAAGUUCUCAGAGGUAUUUUUUAGCAGACAUUACUUGAAUAACUUGAAGGCUGCAUUUUUUUUACUUGAUCUGCAGUGCUGUUUAAAAGGUAUAUAUUAAAUGGUUAGGCACAUAAGCAUCUCCUGUGUUUUGUUGCUAUCAUUCAGUUUUUAUUAGUAUUAUAAAUUUUAAGGUAUAUUAAUAAGUGCACUUAAUUAUAUACAUUGUUAAUUCAUAUUAAUUAAUACACUGUAGUAUGGAGGGCUUUUUUUUAAGUCUGAAAAAGUAUGUCUGGGUCUUUGUGUGUUAAGCUUCUCCUGUUAAGUUGAAAGAUGCUUAUUCAUUCAGUUUGGUUUUGCACUAACUGUCCUUUAGAGCUGAAAGCAUCCCUUGUACUGGCUCCUGCAUCAAGGGCAGUUUUGUGUUCUGACUGAACUGUAACUGAUGCAAUUCAACUGUAACCGUUACAAUUUGUGGUCUUCUAUUUAAAAGGUACUGCAUUAAUAAAUCCACACAAGUUAAUUUGAAAAGAUUCAAGUAAAUAGUCUUUGGAGAAAUUUCAGGGCUGACAUAAGAAAAUGACAUUUGUAAUGAACACAGCUUGGUUCUUAUGUUGAUAACCCUACUUAUUAUUUCUGAAAUGAGGUUGAAACAUUGAUGUAUGCCAGGCAUGUGCAACACGAGCAAAUUGUGUAAGUAAACAUUCAAAACUUGAUUAUCAUUUUAAUGCUCUGAUUCUUUUCAGUAUAUGACUGUUGGUUUGUUACAUUUUAAAGACUUCUUAUCUAUUGAUUUAAUGCUAAGGAUUCAUGUGUAUAUAUGUGUGUGUUGAUCAUAGAAUCAUAAAACGUUUGGGUUGGAAAGGACCUUUAAGAUCUUCCAGGUCCAACCCCCCUGUCAUGGGCAGCGACACCUUCCACUUGCUCCCUUCUCUCUGGAGAAUUGAAGCAUAAAGGGAGAAAAGAGAAUAAAUUGACCUUGCUGCUU